AUCUCGUAUAAAAUACGGUUCACAAAAUAAUUUUAAAAUAUGUACUUAUACCUACACCUACCAUGAAGUACUUCUUAUUCUUUUUCGGUUUCACACUGAUCUGUAGAAGAGGGUGGACUUUUAUAUUGGCGAACAAGCGAAUUUUUUACCAAAAUUGCGAAAUUUUUAAUAACGUAGAUUUGUAUGAUGGUCCUGUUUGUGGUAGUGAUGGCAUUACUUAUGCCAACGAUUUAUACCUGGACUGCGUUAACUAUCAGACAUUUCAGAACGUGAUAUCUAUGCAUUCUGGAUAUUGUUUACCGGUGGAUGAUUACUGCAAGAUAAAUCUGUUUUAUCGGCCGAUCUGUGGAUCGGAUGGGCGCACGUACACGAACCUGGAAUCACUUUCAUGCGUUAAUUACAAUCGUUCGCAGAAUGUAACAGUAGCUUUAAGCGGUCCUUGCAAAGUUAUGGGUCGCUGUUAUAGCUACAAGACCUUAUCGUACGGUUCCAACGGUGUCUGCGCGAAUAAUGGUUUGACCUAUGGAAACGUAGCUCAGGUGAACUGUCUCCGACAGAUUAACGUUGAUCUGAAGAUUCUUCAUAACGGUAGUUGCACGGUUAGGGAGGUUUAUGAUAUUUAUGACAGCGUCGAAAAGAUCUGUGACAUUGCCAAUAGUAGGUUCGAAUGGAAUCCAGUGUGUGCUUCAGAUGGCGUUACCUAUCAUAAUCCUUUUAAGUUUUUAUGUUACAAAGCUCGUGAUUUGAAGACGUUGGUAUCGGAUAACGAGUGCGAGAAGAACACGCAGCUCUCGUGUGCUCAUCUCAAAUCCUCUACUAAGACCUUCAGUGCAAAGGACGAGGUUUGCGGAAACGAUGGCGUUACCUAUCAAAGUAUCCAUCACUUACAAUGCCACAACAAUCAAAAUAAAUAUUUGUCCCUGAAGCAUUCUGGAGCCUGUGUCGAGCCUGACGACAACCCCUGCAGAUCCAUACCCGAGGAAAGUCUCCGAUUUCCGGUGUGUGGAAGCGAUAACUUGUCGUACGUGAGCCCAGAGGCUUUGUGGUGCGCGAAAUUGAGGUUUCCAGAUAAAACAGAUUUGACGCUUGUCUACGACGGACCUUGCUAGCGUUUUCGUGCGAUUAAUCCACGUUUCGUUCAUCUUGCGUCAUCGAGGAUGAAUCACUCGCCUCUGGUGGGUCUUCCUCGAGAAAAUAGCUGGAACCUUCUCCCAUAUACUGGUCCAUCCAAUACUCUUCACCUUCUCGGUCACCUGUACAGAAAAUAAAUUGGUAUAAAGCGCCGGUACGAAUUGAAACGGAAGAUAUCGCUAUAAUAGUACCUCCGGGGACAAAAAUGGCCAGCUGUAUGGAUCAGGCAGAAUUUCCUUCGAGAAUUCGUUGUCGAAAGUUAUCGACGAGCAGGCAGAUAGCUGUAGGAGCAGCACAACAACCAUCGUAUCCUAAUAUUUUAUUCACGGCUGAUGUCAUUCGGCUCGCGUGCACAUUUUUAUCUUUCUUUCACUCGCCUUUUACGCAGAACAGCGGGACGUUUUAACUGCCUUAAACGCACGUCUUACUUCAUUUUUGCCGCCGUGGAUGUCCGUGAGGCAGCCGCUGGAAGGAUUCUCGAUGUAAUCUUCUGGCUCCUCGUUUAACUGACACAUGUCCAUACUGCUGAAUCCUCGUUGUUUCAUUAUUCAUCGUAUACGCUUGAUGUUUCCUGUGAACAAAAUUUAUCAGAUGAUUUACUACACGUGUGCGGUGAUUUAUAUUUUAAGUGGAAUUAAAUAUAGCGUGUUUUUCAUUUACAAGAAAAUCUCUACAAUUACGGUGAUACAAGGCGAGAUUAUUAUUUAUUAUAUAUAUUGUUAUUAUUUAUUACAUGUAUAUAACAGGUAAUAUGGUGUUAUACCAUAUAUUGUAUAAUAUAGGGAGCUGAGAAAAAUAUUAAGCAACAACGUUACUGACAAUUGGUUUAGGAGUUUGGCCCAUUUUAAGAACAUUUAACCAGCUUCAGAUGGGAAUAUUUUUCCAUUUUAUCUAUUGAGAUAUUUUGAAAUGAAUGCAAACAGCUUUGUUCGUCAAAAGAUAUGUAAUCAUCGCAGGAGAUAAGCCGUCAUCUAUGUAAUUUAUUCGUCAUUUUUCCAAGACGUUAGAAAGAUAUGAAAAAAUGCCAAUCUUCGAUAUUAAACAUUUUUCGAUAUUCUAUGAAUUUUAUAGCGUCCUCUUUCGAUUCGUAUUAAACAAUCAGUGCAAUUCUGCUAGUAAUUGAACAAUGUUCUUUGUUAGAUUUUCUUAAAUGUUGAUGAGCUGGAUCAACAUGUAUCAUAGUUGGCAGAUAAUUUCUGUAAAUUUUAUAAAAUUGUAGAACUUGCAUGGACGAAGAAAUGUCGAUUAGAGAUGCUAUUAAGUUUUUAAGUUUAAAUUAUCAAGCACGAAGAAUGCUUGGAAUUCCAUUCCAUAGUUACAAUGUUAAGAGAUAAAUUUCGCAGUCGAUUGAACAAGAAAUUGCAAAUGAAACGUUACACGUUAACGCGUUGCUACAUCCGAACUAGAUCAAUUAAAAUGCCAGAGAAUUAAUGUGAUCAUCGAGCUUUACUAGGCCAUUGCAAGUCGUUAUCAUUUCGUGUAUCUGUUCUUGACCCGUUUUCCAAUUAAAUUUUAUCAAUCUCCGAGUCCUGUAUUUUCAAACUGAUAACACGGCCACGGAUUUGGAUUUUUAUCCAAAUCCACGAAUUCUCUAAAUAUAGUUUAAUAAAAUUAAACGGAUAGAAAUUAAAUAGAUAGGAAAUUGUCUUGCUUAUUAAUGUUAAAUACUAUAAAAAUUAUUAUAUUAUAUAUGUAGCGUAAUAAUAAUUAUAUUACAGAGACUGUACCGCUAUUUUAUACAUUUUCAUAAAUUAUUCGUAUACGUAAUUAAUAAUAAUUGUAUCUUAUAAAUGUAACAAUUGUAUUAAUUUCAUAAUUACUUGUAUCGUGCUUAAAUUGUGCGUUAUUUGCAUUAUUUGUGUGUGCACAUUUUCGCAUUUCCAAAAUUCGCAUUAAUGCAUAAACUGCGCAGUCCAAUGGCAAGUAUAAUCAUCGUUCGAUCUGUCUGCAUUUUUUGCGUGACUGGUAUUAUUUAUAUAACCUUGGCUUCACAGCCCGGAAAUUGAUUUGGUUUGAUAAUAUUUUCUGACAGCCGCACGUACCUGUAACUUCGUCGUACUUGGCUUUGCACACACGAAGUUCAUAAGAUUCAGUAGAUUUCUUAUACGCGUUGUGUAUUUCGCUGGAAUGUAUUUAUGAAUGAAAAAAUGUUUUUAUAAAUAAUAUAUGGCAAUACAAUAACGUGUUAAAAAUAUAUAGAUGAUAUAUGGCAAUAC